AACCUGAUCAGGCUAGAAAAUUUUUGACCUGGCCAGACUAAAGUUCUUAGCCUGGGUAUGAUUUAAUACUAACAUUUACCGUAUUCAAUUCUAAGAAUAAGACGACUUCACGAAUCGAUGAUGAUUGCCUCUGAUAUUUUCUUUUGAUCACUAACUAGGGAACAUUCCCAGGUGUCGGAACGCUUUUCAGUCGGGACUUAGAGCAUCUUGUAGAUCUUAGUAAGCUGUGUCUACAGUAAAAAGAGUUCGGGUUUCUGGCUUGUUUCUGAGAAGAUCGAACAUAUUUAGUGAAUUUCCACUAUAGAGCCUGACAUUUACAACAAGGCCAGACUGUCGAAUUUUGAUCUGAAACUUUGGCCACAUAAAGAUGUCUUCUAGACUAGUUUGCAUAAAAAGUUUCAGAAUUUUUGGGCUACGUCUCCCUGAGAUAUGGAGCCCUCAAGGUAUAAGACGUUUUUGAUAGGUAAUAUAUAUGGUAUGUAAUUUUUGAAGGCUUCAUAUCUCAGAGAGACGUAGCCCAAAAGUUCUGAAACUUUUUAUGCAAACUAGUCUAGAUGACAUCUUUAUGUGGUCAAAGUUUCAGAUCAAAAUUCGACAAUCUGGCCUUGUUGCAAAUGUCAGGCUCUAUAGUGGAAAUUCACUAAAUAUGUUCGAUCUUCUCAGAAACAAGCCAGAAACCCGAACUUUUUUUACUGUAGACACAGCUCACUAAGAUCUACAAGAUGCUCUAAGUAGCUACAAUUAUUUCUAGCACUUUUUAUGCUAAAACUAUUUAAAAUUCUUCUUACUUAUUCAAUCUUAUACUAAAGAAGAUCGUGUUAUUCGGUUAAAGAGUUGCAUGGUUCCAAGAGCUGGUCUAAACUACAAUCGAAUUCAGAGUUUCGUUUAAUGAAAAUGAUGGAGAAUUAAUUUCGAGAAGUUCUCAUUCGUAUGUAUUUGAGAUUGAAGAUACCUUACAUAUCAGCAAGUAUUCAAGAUAAUCGAUACUUUUCAUAUCUACGUAGUUAUAACUUUAUUUCAAAAAAAAUUCAAAUAUCUCCACAUAAAUUCCUAAAUUUCAACAUCUACUUGAUUGACUACAUGUUUGAAAGUGUUUCAUUUCAGAACUCAGGUCCUUAUUCAUAUGUCAAAGAUUUUCAUAAAAUUGAUUCAUGAAUGCUCUUCGUUGAGAAUUGCCAUACUACAUUCUAUUACUCUCAUGAAAACAAGUCGGAUCACAAAUUGAAANAGUCGGAUCACAAAUUGAAAUGUAUACAAUAGAUUAAUUGUAAUUUGUAAAUUUCAUAAUAAUAAAAAGUCUGAAACAUUAGUUCACCUGGCUGGGCCUGCAGGUCAGGCUGAAAAGAAAAUGGCCUGUUGACACCUCUGCUUUGGAAUAUUCGGAGAGUUUCAGCCGAAAAGAAUGUUUUCUUGUCGAGAUAUUUCAUUUUUAAAAAAUAAUCACUUGCCACAGACGCAUUACAAAAAUACUUGAAUAUUUUUUUUUUUUGGCUCAAACUUUCAGGAUAUUGUAUGGAUCAUCUGAUUUAUCUACUUUUUUCUCUUUUAUUUAUCAGUGUACAAUACCUAAAAUUCUGUAAAACGAUCACCAAUCAGUUCCAAAUGUCCAUAUGAAUGAACCGUUUUAGAUUUUUUUUCUAAUCUCACUAAGAUGUCCUUGUGAACUAAAUAUGAACUCAAACAUUGGAUAUCAGUUCUGGUAGUUCCAUUGUUAGUACGAAAAUGUCUUGUCUUGAAUUAGAAUUAAUUGAUAUCUUUCUGAUUCGAUCUUUGAUAGAAUAUUCAAAGAUUUAUUUGCAAAAUUAAUACUAUUUCAACAUCUAAAGUAAAGAUAAGAUUAACUUUUGUAUGCUAGAUUAACAUGUUGACAAGAAAAACAACAUAUUAAUAGUUUCAAAAGAGCAUUUAUGAUUUAUCGUACAACCUUCAUAGGUUUUUGCUUUUGUUUUCUAUCUUUUAGUCAACAACAAUUAAAAGAUCUUGAACAAGAAUAUGGUUUAAUUAUUCAAAAAGAUUUCGAUGAAAUAACUUAUCAAAUUGAUAAAUAUCUUCAUAAACAACAACAAACAUAUAAAAAAUUACGUGAACUUAUACUUCCAUCAAUAUCACGAUCUUAA